ACCCAUCGACACCCCUUUCUCUCUCCGGCCGCAAAACACUCUAUCUAUACAUACAAAAGCUGUAUCUAUCUCAUCCCGUAACGCUCACAAAUUUUAUGUGUAUAUAUCUUAUCAAACCAAAAUAACAGUAACGAAAACAUAACAAAAUAAAUUAAAAUUUUUUACAAAUUACAAACUCGUUGAAUUACAAUUUAUUCGAAUGUAAUGGCUUUUCACGUCGCCUGCCCAAUCACUUGCAAGAGGAUCUGUUACUGUACGCUAGGGUUUGGAGGCGUUAAGAGAGAUGAGUUUUGCGAUGAGAUCGCGAGGCUCGAGGAGUUUAUUAGGGAUCCGUGGUUGCUUAGGGCUUGUGAAGAUGCGACUGUGCAGGUGCUUGUGCCGAAAGUUGUUGUUGCGCCGCCGCCGGUGCCGGUCAGGGAGGCGGUGGUGGUGAAGGAGGCUGCGGCGGCGGCGGUUGUUGACCGAGAGGCGGAGGAGUUGGCGUCGGCGCAGAAUAAGAGAGCGGCGAUGCAGAAGAAGGCGGCGGAGGCGAGUUUGGUGGCGGAGGAUUACGCGAGGCGGAUGGAGAUUGGGGAUAAGGAGGGUGUCGUAAAAGAUAUUAGCGGAGCAGAGCAGGGUGUUUCCAAUGUAAAAGUAAUGUGUCGGCUUUGCUUUAAUGGUGAACACGAAGGAAGUGAAAAAGCAAGAAAAAUGCUAACUUGCAAAAGUUGCGACAAGAAGUAUCACAGGAGCUGUCUUAAAGCAUGGGCUCAAAAUAGAGAUCUUUUUCAUUGGAGUUCGUGGACCUGUCCCUCUUGCCGAACAUGUGAAGUCUGCAGAAGAACUGGAGAUCCAAAUAAGUUUAUGUUCUGCAAAAGGUGUGACGGUGCUUACCACUGUUACUGUCAGCACCCUCCACACAAGAAUGUGAGCCAUGGACCAUACCUUUGCCCUAAGCAUACCAGGUGUCACAGCUGCGGGUCUAAUGUUCCAGGAAAUGGUCUUAGUGUAAGGUGGUUUCUAGGGUAUACCUGUUGUGAUGCCUGUGGAAGGUUAUUUGUGAAAGGAAAUUACUGCCCAGUUUGCUUAAAGGUGUACAGAGAUUCUGAAGCAACUCCAAUGGUUUGCUGUGAUAUUUGCCAGAGAUGGGUGCAUUGCCAAUGUGAUGGCAUCAGUGAUGAAAGAUAUCUUCAAUAUCAAGUGAACAAUAACCUUCAGUACAAAUGUGCUACAUGUCGUGGAGAAUGCUACCAGGUUAGAGAUCUUGAGGAUGCUGUCCAGGAGCUUUGGAAGAGAAGAGAUAUCUUUGAUCGGGAUUUAAUUGCAAACUUAAGGGCUGCUGCUGGAUUGCCAACUCAAGAGGAAAUAUUUUCUAUUUCACCCUUCUCUGAUGAUGAAGAUAGUGGUCCUAUUGCACCUAAGAAUGAGUAUGGUCGUUCCGUAAAGUUUAGUCUUAAAGGGUUAGUUGAUAAAUCACCGAAAAAAAACAAGGACCAUGGGAAAAAGGCGUCUAAUAAAAAUUUGGGUAAGAAAAAGGGAUAUCAGAUGUCGUUAACCAGUAAACAUGGGGAAGGACAUAGUGAUGCUCGAUCUAUGGUUUGCAGCCUUGCUGAUGAUAAGGAUGAGGAUCUUCAGCCAUAUAGAAGUGGAGAGCGCAAUCUAUGUCCUCAUCCUAUUGCUGGAAAUUUGACUGAGGGGGUGUGCUCUACUAAUCAAGCUAUGAAGCACAAGUUCGUUGAUGAGGUGGGGGCAAGUGAUGAGAACAAGGCUUUGAGGAUUAUACAGCUAAAGAGUAACAAGCCUCAAGGAGGGGACAGUGGAAAACAAGCAAGCAAGUCCAAAAGCACCAAGGGGCCAAAGCUUGUUAUACAUUUAGGUGCUCGAAACAAAAAUGCAGCAGUCUCACCAAGGUCUGAUGCAUCGAGUGCUCAAAGAGAGGGCAGUGAAGAUGCACACCAGCAAAAAGUGAAUGACAGGAGCAGGGAGAGGCAUGAACCCAUGACUUCAGUUGAUGCAAAAGGUGAUGUUAAAGAUUACCCCGACCAAAUAGAAGGUUCAAAGAUCCGAGGAAGAGCCCCCAACUUGAUAAAGAUAAAAAAUGUUAAUUCAGAAGUUCACGAUAAGAAUCACAAUGUUGGUGGAGGUAAAUUUUCAGAUGGUUAUGGAACUGUUUCUCCCAUAAAAAAGCGUGUUUUAUUUGGAAAAAUGAGCACUGAGGGGAUCAUAGCUACAACAGGCAUUAGAACCCAGAUGUCCGCUACAAGGGGUGACAAGCUGUUUUCCAUGAAGUCUGAAGAAGCUAGGCAUGAUGAUAGCAUAGAUGACGAGUUGAAUGAUGGUAAAAGGCAUCAACAUUCAGUCUCAGUUCCUGUGUCAAAGGAUUCGAAACCAUUGCUGAAGCUUAAAUUUAAAAAUCCUUUUAAUGAGAACUCAAGUUCGUGGGCUGGUGAAGAUGAGAAGAGUUCUGUUAAGGGCCAACGUUCAAAAAGAAAGAGACCAUCACCUUUAAGGGAGAAAACAGCCAAGGAAGAGGAAGACGCCUCAUAUUGGUAUGAAGACGGUUCACAGGAUGAAGUAAUGGAAGCCAAUUGGAUACUUCAGACAUUAGGGAAAGAUGCAAUGGGAAAGAGAGUGGAAGUCCAUCAGCCAUCUAAUAAUUCUUGGCACAAGGGAACUGUGACAGAAGUCUUUGAAGGCACGCCAACUCUAGCUGUUGCUUUAGAUGAUGGGAGGGCCAAGACAUUGGAUCUUGAGAAGGAAGGAAUACGUUUUGAUUCUCGGAAACAAAGGCGAUAGAAUGCGUUAAAUUACUUUUAUGAAUGAUUGAUCAUAUCAUUUUGAAAGCUUCUAAAACUUUGUAGUUGUAAAAUUUUCAACAGAAGCAAUUACAACAUUGACGCUUGCUAUUCAUCCAUUGGGUAUUAUUCCUUUAGGAGGUAUCUGUUAUUAUGCAGGCAUAAGUUAAUCCAUCCCGUUGUAUAUGGUUAAUAUCAAAAUGCUUGUUUAGUGUUUUGGUUAUCAAGAUCAACUGUUACUCA